AUGGCUGCAGAUGCAGGAGCACAUGGACGUUAUUUGUCCAUGAUCAAGAAGAUGAAGGGCAUCGAGACUGCGCGGUUUUUGGGUGGUACAUAUCCUACUGCUGCAGAUGUGUGGAGGACGAAUGUGGAACGUAACACUUCAGCCUUGUGCUUACUCUCUGUCACUGCGAGUCUCCAUCAAGCUUUUCCCCUUUUUUUUUUUUCACAAAGUUGGAGAACCACAUGGAUCCUCAACUUCACCAAGCAUCUUCAAGCUUCACUUAACCAUGUCAGAACAAGAAAAGAAAUCACCCCACAACUCUGUCUUCACAUCCGCACUAUCUCCACAGCUUCUUCCAGAGAUCUCCUCGCCUUCUUGGGUGCUCUUGAAGGCUUCUUCCUUCCUCUCCCAACAAGCUUUGCUUUGAACAAUAUGCUGGGUUUCUUUCUCUUCACAGCCUUUGAGCUGCUUCUCCUUCUUUUGUUUCAGGUUUCAGGUUUUCUCCUAACCUUUCACCUCUCUGUUUCAGGUCUGUUCAUCUCUCAGUGAUGAACGACUUCAUGGAGGCUCCAUCUCUGCUCAUCUGUCACUAAUGAACAGGUCCCUCUCAUGCCUUUCUCAGGUCGCAGGCUCUUGACAUCUUCUCUGUG